AUGGUGAGCCGUGGAACGAAUCAACGAAGCCACGGCGCCGCUGCCUCCGCACACCUCGCCGGGUUCUACUGGCUAUAUAUACACGUACCAAGAACCUUCUCCAGCAUAGUAGCUCCAUUCCAAGUUUCCAGCUUCCAACAAAACAAAGAUGGCGAGCAAAGUGUUUCCGGCAAUGCUGUUGCUCAUUGCGGUGACAAUGGCCGGACUGGCCGCCGGGGCGCGCGCGGGCGGCAUCGCGAUCUACUGGGGCCAGAACGGCAACGAGGGCACGCUGGCGCAGGCGUGCGCGACGGGGAACUACAAGUUCGUCAACGUGGCCUUCCUCUUCACCUUCGGGAGGGGCCAGAAGCCGCUGCUGAACCUGGCCGGGCACUGCGACCCGGCGACCAGCGGCUCGUGCACCUUCGUGGGCGCCGACGUCAAGGCCUGCCAGAGCCGCGGCAUCAAGGUUCUGCUCUCCAUCGGCGGUGGCGUCGGCAGCUACGGCCUCUCGUCCGCCGCCGACGCCAAGCAGGUCGCCGAGUACCUCUGGGACAACUACCUCGGCGGCACGUCGACGACGAGGCCCCUCGGCGACGCGGUGCUGGACGGCGUCGACUUCGACAUCGAGAGCGGCGGGAGCGCGCACUGGGACGACCUGGCGCGGGAGCUCAAGAAGUACUCCGGGAAGGGGAGCGCCUACAAGCCGGUGUACCUGGCGGCGGCGCCGCAGUGCCCGUUCCCGGACGCGAUGCUCGGCGGGCUCGGCGGCGCGCUCGGCACGGGGCUCUUCGACUACGUGUGGGUGCAGUUCUACAACAACCCGCCGUGCCAGUACACCAAGGCCGGCGGGGCGGGCAACCUGGCGAGCGCGUGGCAGAAGUGGGCGUCGAUACCGGCGCGCCAGGUGUUCCUGGGGCUCCCGGCGGCGCCCGCGGCCGCCGGCAGCGGGUUCGUGGAGCCGAGCGACCUGGUGUCCGAGGUGCUGCCGGUGGUGCAGAAGUCGCCGAAGUACGGCGGGAUCAUGCUGUGGUCGAGGUUCUUCGAUGGGCAGACGGGGUUCAGCGAUAAGGUCAAGUCCAGCGUGUGAGCUGAUGUUGUUAACUGCGUCCGUCAGGAGCACGUCCGAUCAACAUGCCGACGUGCGAAUACUGCGUGUAGUAUGUCGCCGUGUUAAAUUGUAUCUUAUCCAGAAACACAAUUGUACGUAUACUGCGUGUAGUAUGCCGAUUGUACGUAUGACAUGUUUUGAAAUUGUAUUUGGUAUCCGA